AUGCAGUUCAUCUCAAUUGUUUUGCUGAUUUUUGGAGUGGUUCUAGUCUAUUCGUUUCCAACAGCUGUGAGCCAAGAUGAAACAGAUAUUUCUGUUUCGGGAAAAGUUGCAAUGAAAUCUGGAGAUGGUUUGGUGGAAAGUGUUCAACGAAUGGCAUUGGUGAGUUGAAAUUUUUUCUAGUCAAAACUGAAAUACCAAAUUGAAAUCGGGCCAAUUCAGAUUCAACAAAAAUUUGAAAUUUCCCAAACAAUAAUUGAAAAUGGUCCGAUUUCUCUCUGGUCAGUUUCGAUUUCGAUCAGUUUCGAUCAGUUUUGAUUUGAAAUCAUUCUAAUUUGGAACUUUCUAAAAGUCUAAACAAUUAUAAACAAUUUUGCAGAUUCGCAACAAACGUAGUUCAAGUGACAGUUCGGAUUCAAGCGAAGAAAAGAAGAAGAAGAAACGAAAGAAUCGACCACAUCAUAGACACAAUCAUAGACAUGGUGAUGAUGAGGACAAAAAGAAAAAUAAGAAACAUAAUCAUCACAACAAGAAGGAUGAUGAAGAAAAAGAAAAAGAAGAGGAGGAAAAGAAGAAAAACAACAAAAAUAAGAAUAAGGAUGAGGAAGAUGAAGAGAAAGAGAAAAAGAAAAAUAAAAACAAGAAGGAUGAGGAGGAAGAGGAUAACAAGGAUAAAAAGAAGAAGGACAACAAAAAGAAAGAUAGUGAGGAAAAAGAAGAGGAGGAUAAGAAAAAGAAGGAUAACAACAAGAAAAAGGACGAGGAAGAGGAAGAGAAGAAGAAAGAUAAAAAUAAAAAGAAGAAUGAGGAUGAUGAGGAGGAAAAAGAUAAGAAAAAGAAGGAUGAUAAGAAGAAAAAUGACGAUGAAAAAGAAGAAGAGGAGAAGGAUAAGAAGGAUAAAAAUAAGAAAAAAGACAACGAAGAUGAAGAUAAGAAAAAGGAGAAAAAGAAGAGUGAUGAGGAUGAUAAGAAAAAAGAAAUCUGA